AUAAUCCUUCCUCGUCAUGCGAAGAGCCUGCAAAUACUCUGCGACACAACACCAUUACCACAACGCCACUGUACGCUUCUCCGUUUUCUUUUCUCUCAUCAUCUCUUCUCCGUUUCUCCUUCUCCGGAUCAAGGAUUCUGUACCUGAUAUUUGGUUCUGUUUGGCCGGUUUGCAAAUGGGAGAUCUGCCGUUGAAAUCAGAAAAAAGUUUGCAUGAAGAUUGCAAGCUCUAUGUUUUUCUGAUGAAGGAUGGGAAACCAAUAUGUCGAACACAGUGCUUAAACCCUCCUGCAGAAGUGCCUCAAAGUUGGAAUAUACAUGACAUAAUCCCAAGAUCUAAGAUGAAUAUCUAUGAUGGUCUCCCUCAUUGCUUUUUACGCCCUGCUGCUGAGAACAAUCGUGACCAAAAUGAGUGGCAGAGAUUUUUGUCUUAUCUUCAAAAGAGAAACUCGGUUGGAAUUGCAAAAUUUGAAUUCUGCAACUUCUAUAUACUUCCUCCUGCUGAAGCCUACAAUUUUAGCCAUGUCAAAGUUGCAUAUCGAGAAAAAACAUCCAAUAAGUACAGUCAUCAAAAGCACUGUGAAUCAGUUGUGGAUACAACUGAAGCAUGUCAAUUUGUUGGAUGUAACUUGGAUCCAGUUGAGACUUGUGGAACUGUGCCAUCUCAAAGUGCUGAGAGGUUUACUGCCAGGAAAAAUGUGCAUAUGAAGGCAAGUGAUCAGGGUAUUAUUGAAGAUAAUGAAACAUCUUAUGUUAAGUUUUCACAAUCAAUUGGUGAUCCCCUUGGUCAUGAGCCAACAAUCAGACAUCAGCGGCGUGCAGUGAAACAGGAUGGACCACUGAUGGAAAAUUACGUGCGCGCAGAUCCAAGUUACCUGCAAACUCUUGGUCAAGCACAUUCUGGAUGGAUAUUUGGUGCUAUAGCUGAGCUUGUAGAUAAUUCUAGGGAUGCGAAAGCAAGCAGGCUGGAUAUUCUUAUUGAAACCAUAUAUUCAAAAAGAGCUGGCAAGGAUAUUCCUAUGUUGUCAAUUAUAGAUGAUGGCCAUGGGAUGACACAUCAGGAGGUCAUGAGAAUGACAUGUUUUGGCCACAAGCAACCUGAUGUAGAUGAUCUAGAUCGAAUAGGAAGAUUUGGUGUUGGAUUUAAGACUGGAGCAAUGAGGCUUGGCAGGGAUGCUCUUGUUCUUACUCAAACUAGUUGUUCCAGAUCUAUAGCCUUUCUCUCACAAUCCUUAAAUGAAGGAAAUGAUAAUCUAGAGAUUCCUAUUGUAAGCUACCGCAGAAAAGGACAGUUUAUGGAGGUGGAUACAAAUGUCCAAUCUGAAGCUUUAGCGAAGAACAACUUGAAAGCUAUUAAGGAACUUUCACAUUUUGAUAAGUAUUUGAUUGGUGAAAAAGCAGGCUUGUUCCAUGGAAAACACACAGGAACACAAAUAUACAUAUGGAACUUAGAUGAAUGGGGCUCAGGUUAUUGUUUGGAUUGGACAACUGGACUAAAUGGCUGGAGCUCCUUUCACCAAGGUGACAUACUUAUCCGUUCAAAAAGGGUCAGAUCUCGCCCUGGACAGAUGACUCAAAAGGUGCCCUUAGAUUAUUCACUCAGAUCUUAUCUAGAAGUCAUCUUUUUAGUUCCACGAAUGAGGAUAUAUGUUCAAGGUUCAUUGGUUAAAAGUCGGCCAUUGGCAAAAUCUUUAAGUAUGACUUGUGAAGCAACUGAUAAUAUAUUGGGGAAACGUGUUCACUUAACUCUUGGUCGCUGUCAAUUAGAGUGGGAGCAGGGAAAUUCUGGAAUAUUUUUGUAUUGGCAUGGUCGCUUAAUUGAGGCUUACAAAAGAGUUGGUGGCAUGGCUCAUGGAAAAGUGGGACUAGGAGUGAUUGGCGUCAUAGAUGUUACUGAUCUGAUGGAUAAUGGGAAUGGUCGUGUUUGGGUGCACAGUAACAAGCAAGGUUUUCAGGAUUGUGAGCCAUAUGUUCGACUGGAGAAUUGGCUAGGCAAAAAGGUUGAUGAAUAUUGGGAUAAUAAUUUUGACACGGUGCCACUGAAAAAGGGUGGUGUCCUGUACAAGCCUGACCAGGAGUGGGUUCAGUGUGACAGGUGUAGAAAGUGGAGGAUGCUCUGUGCUGGAUAUGACAGAAAGAAUUUACUUUUAGAAUGGUUCUGUUACAUGGAACCUUUCCAAGGAUCAUGUGAAACUCCUGAGCAGAAGGCCAAACAUGGAGUAAUUACAGUGUCCACAAGACGAUCUGGUUAUGAUAGAGAAGAUGCUGAAGAUGAUGCAAUAAUCACAUCUGAAGAAGCCAGGUGGAUGCUGGAUUCUUUCACUGCUCAAGAAAACGAACGAAUGGAUGCACAACAAUAUGUCUCUGAUGAAAUGGGUUCUCUCCAUUACCAGUCUUCGAGAAAAAAACAGCAGCAGCUUAAACUGGAUAUCAAUCAACAGAUUGCACAAUUGCACACAAGAAUCCAAGAGCACAGCCGCAACAAGAAACCAGUCUUUGCAAUCUUAUCAAGAACCCAAGAGCACAGUUGCAACAAGAAACCUAUCUUCGAGAUUUGAUCAAAUGAAAGAUGUGAUGUUGGGAAGAUUCGGUCCGUGGUUAUAGUUUUUAAUUUACAAGAAUUGAAUAACUCUGUUGUAAUUUUUAGUUCAGCUUUUCAUUUGACUAAGGAAUUAGUGUGACUUUCCAAGUAAACUUUAGAGGCACAUUUGUACUUUUCUUUUCAAUGACAAAAGAAUUGUGCGCUACAAAUAAAAUGACUGAAAUGCUAGUUACCAAUUCUAAUUA